AUGGCGACUAAAACAUGCAAAGAGAGCGCUCCUCCCUUUGAUUGUCCGACAUGGGCAGGCAAGCCACCAGCGGGACUUCAUCUAGACGUGAUGAAGGGAGACAAACUAGUCGAGAAACUAAUUAUAGAUGAAAAGAAAUACUACCUGUUUGGGAGGAACCCAGACUGGUGCGACUUCACUAUCGAUCACCAGUCCUGUUCCCGGGUCCACGCUGCGCUGGUCUACCACAAACACCUGAAGAGGGUCUUCCUUAUAGACCUGAACAGCACACACGGUACAUUUCUUGGACACAUCCGCCUAGAGGCUCACAAGCCACAACAAGUUCCCAUAGACUCAACAAUAUCUUUUGGGGCUUCAACAAGAACUUACACAAUCAGAGAGAAGCCACAGACCCAGGGCGCCCCUGGCACCGGAGAUGUGAAGGCGGGAGAAGACGAGGAACUGAAAGGGCUGUUGGGACUCCCAGAGGAGGAGACUGAGCUGGAGAAUUUAACCGAGUUCAACACAGCCCACAACAAGCGCAUAUCUCUGCUCACCAUUGAAGAAGGCAAUCUGGAGAUUCAAAGGCCUAAGAGGAAAAGAAAAAGCUCCAGGGUCACUUUUUGUGACGAGGAUUCCAUUAUUAACCCAGAAGAUAUUGAUCCCUCCGUAGGACGCUUCAGAAACAUGAUACAAACAGCUGUCGUUCCAGUGAAGAAACGCCGAUCAGAAAGUCAGAACACCCUGGGCCUGGACGACGUCACCUCCAAACGCAUGCACGGCUACAGUUACUCCGGGGGCCUCUACGGGGACCUGCCGCCCACCAGCCACGAGAACCUCCCGGCAGGCGCUCAGGGAGGUGCGGCCAUGCACGGAGGACUCCCCUUCCCCAACCCGGCGCCCGAAGUCAACCUGGCCCCGGAGCCGCCGCAGCCCCCGGUCACCCUGAACCCCAUGCCCGUCACCGCACCCUACCUUCCAGAGGCGCACAACGAGCCACGCAAAAAGAAAUACGCCAAAGAAGCUUGGCCGGGCAAGAAACCCACUCCGUCACUGCUUAUAUGA